UUUUCCACGCACUACAACAUGGCCAGUCUGCCCUCUACCAUCCACGCUGUCAGCAUUCAGAAGACUGGGGACUUUGAUGUUAUCGAAAAGGUGACGUUACCAUUUCCCAAGGUCGAUCCCGGUCACCUCGUCGUAAAGGUGGACUAUUUUGGCGUCAACUUCAUUGAUACGUACUUCCGCAAGGGGCUGUAUCCCCUCAAAGACUUCCCCGCCGUCUUGGGAAUGGAAGCAGCGGGAACAGUUGUCGCGCUUCCGACUGAUGAGAAAGUGCUCAACGAUCCAGACUUCAAGAAAAGGAAUUACGCGAUUGGAAGCAAGGUCACAGCCAACACUAUGGGCAUCCAUCAGACCUACAUCUCCAUUCCUUGGUUAAAGGCACACCCCGUCCCCGCAUCCGUUGAUACCAAGAUCGCAGCAGCAGCCGGCCUUCAGGCUCUCACCGCACUGUCCUUCUUCACUGAAGCAUACAAUGUCAAGCAGGGGGAUGUUAUUCUGAUCCACACUGUAGCGGGUGGACUCGGUCUAAUCAUGGCCCAGCUUGGAAAACACCGCGGCGCUACAGUCAUCGGAACGACCUCAACCAAAGAGAAAGCCGAGAUAGCGAAAGCGAAUGGCGCCGACCAUGUCAUCCUGUACACUUCAGAAAACACUGUGGAAAGGGUCUUGGAACUGACUAACGGUGAGGGUGUGCAUGCUGUCUUUGAUGGUGUCGGAAAGGAUACAUUCGAGAAUAACUUCAAGCUGUUGAGAAGAAAGGGCACCUUUGUCAGCGUUGGGAACGCGUCAGGGCCUAUUGCUCCUUUCUCUCCUCUCAAGUUGGUCGAGAAGAACCUCAAAUUCGUCCGGCCCUCGAUGCCCAACUACUUGGUCACCCCGGAAGAGUCAAACUAUUAUGUUACUGAAGUGUUCGACCUCAUCUCGAAGGGAGUUCUGAAGAUCAACAUCCAUAAGGUAUAUCCCUUCACGACAGAGGCUGUCCAACAAGCGCAGAAAGAUCUAACGGGAGGCAAGUCCACCGGGAAGCUGGUGAUUGAUGCACGAGAGUAAAAUACACAAUAUGUAACACUAGUAUUGCAAUGUACAAUUUCAAUAUUUGGUUUUGAUGCGAUUUC